UUUAGAAUUCACGUAGCCCGGUCCAAAAUAUCACAGGUUUACAAUUCCGCCAUCGCCUCCCCCUUCUCCUCUCGCCACCGCCACCCUCCGCACUUUUCUCACUCCUCAGCCUCUGCUCUCUUUCUCUCUCUCUCAGAUGGCCUCGUGUGUGGAACAAGUAUCAUUGGAAACUGUUGCAUUUAUGGAGCUUGCAGUGCAUCAGGUCUUCGUGUGAGCCAUAGCCGUAUGGCUGUUGGGGAAGCCAUCUUCAGCUGUAUGGUGGAGGUGGACUCUUAUGCGACACUUGCCAUGGAUAGCCUUGAAGUUCCUGUUGGCUGUGUGAUUGUCGAGGAUGGGGAGGUCAUUGCAUCAGGAAGAAAUCGAACCACGGAGACACGAAAUGCUACAAGACAUGCAGAGAUGGAAGCUAUUGAUGUUCUUCUGGAGAAGUGGAAGCAAAAUGGACUUUCAGAGGCAGAAGUUGCCAAUAAAUUUUCAAAAUGCACACUUUAUGUUACAUGUGAACCAUGUAUUAUGUGUGCAGCAGCCUUAUCGAUUCUGGGUAUAAAGGAAGUAUACUAUGGCUGUGCAAAUGAUAAAUUUGGAGGGUGUGGAUCAAUAUUGUCACUGCACUUAAGCAGCUCUGAGCCACUCAUUAGCGGUGGGGUACCACGACAAAAGGGUUUUAAAUGCACAGGAGGAAUAAUGGCAUCAGAAGCAGUGUCUCUGUUACGAAGCUUCUAUGAGCAAGGGAACCCCAAUGCUCCAAAGCCACAUAGACCACCAGUGCAGAAGAUAUGAAGCUAUAUGUGUCCUGCGUAGCUCGGUUCCCUUUUAAUUAAAAGAUAUCAACGAGGGGUUUGGUGGCAAAGAAAACUUCAGUCAUCCAUCGAUGAAGCAUUACUGUUGGAGGCUGACUUUUAGGAGUUUCCACCUCUUACCUUUACCAUAUACUUCAUUUUUAUAGGAUAGUAAGUGCAGCUCGGAAUUUGUGUUAAAGCAAAGCUAUUUUUAACGUUGGGAACUUGGCUUUCGAUAACAAUGCUGUAUUAGUUAGUUAGAAUGGGUAUGGAACCAAAACUACCUGUUUUUAUAGUACUCGAUCCAUGUUAGAAUGGGUAUGGAACCAAAACUACCUGUUUAUAUAGUACUCGAUCCAUGUGGUGUGCUUGGAAAUUAAAGAUGUUUCUUUUUCCUGAUU